CCUGGGUGGGGCUCAGAAGAAGGAGGGUCUAUGAUUCUGUUUUAAGUUUCUUCAGUUAAAAGUUACCUAACUUUCAGCAACUGUCUUUUACUAGAGGAACAAUUUGUGAAGUUUGCUCCAGGAGAGGGAAAUAAGGUUUGCCCAAUGGCCUCACUAGCAGUAUCCAUCAACCAGUUCGCUGUGGAGUUCAGUAAAAAGCUCGCUGAAUCUGCUGAGGGUAGAAACAUCUUCUUUUCUCCAUGGGGCAUCUCAACUUCUUUGGCUAUGGUGUAUUUGGGUACCAAAGGUACUACUGCAGCCCAGAUGUCCCAGGUACUUCAUUUUGGCAGCAUCCAAGACUUCAAAUUUGGUCCUGAUAGUGAAAAGAAAAGGAAAAUGGAAUGUCAUUCAGGCAAAAGUGAAGAAAUACAGUCCGAUUUCCAGACCCUCACUGCAAAAAUCCUCAAGCAUGGAAAUUCUUAUGUCCUUCAAAUAGCUAAUAGGAUAUAUGUGGAGAAAACAUACCCAUUUCAUAAUAAAUAUUUGGAGGACAUGAAAACAUACUUUGGUGCAGAACCACAGUCUGUUAACUUUGUCGAAGCUUCUGGACAGAUCAGGAAGGAGAUCAACUCCUGGGUUGGAAGCCAGACUGGGGGUAAAAUCCCAAAUCUCCUCCCAGAUGACGCAGUAGACAACAAGACUACGAUGGUUCUGGUGAAUGCCCUUUAUUUUAAAGGAACCUGGGAGCAUCAGUUCUCAGUGCAAAACACCACUGAAAGACCUUUCAGAAUAAACAAGACAACAAGCAAACCAGUGCAAAUGAUGUCAAUGAAACAGAGUCUUCAAGUCUUCCACAUUGAGGAGCUGCAAACCAUAGGCGUUCAACUCCACUAUCAGAACCGUGAGUUCAGCCUGCUUCUACUGCUUCCAGAGGAAGUGGAAGGCCUGAAACAGGUAGAGGGACUGAUGGUACUCUCCUUUGUGGCCUCUUUUUCUCUCUGAUUUACUGGCUAUUUCUGGGUUCCGACCCUGCAGCUGGAGAGAGCCAUCACUUACGAGAAACUGGAUAAGUGGACCAGUGCAGACAUGAUGGACACAUACGAAGUGCAGCUGUACCUCCCCAAGUUCAAGAUGGAGGAGAGUUAUGACCUCCAGUCAGCCCUGAGAGAUAUGGGGAUGACCGACGCUUUUAACCAGGGUAAAGCUAAUUUCUCAAACAUGACUUCAGAGAGAAAUCUAUUUUUGUCCAAUGUUUUCCAUAAGACUUUUCUGGAAAUAAAUGAAGAAGGCACAGAGGCUGCAGCUGGCACGGGAAGUGAAGUCAAUUUUCGAAUUAAGGCACCUUCCAUUGAAUUAAAUGCAGAUCAUCCAUUUCUAUUUCUCAUCAGGCACAACGUAACCAAUACCAUUCUAUUUUAUGGAAGAUUCUACUCCCCCUAAACUCUGCAUCUCUCAUUUAGUGAAAACUUCAUAUAGCACAAAACAAACAACCAAAAAUUCAUAUUAGGAGAUGGAAAAAUCAGACAUCACAAAGUCAGCCCAUAGUCUAUACACAUUUUAUGCUUGCAUAUUAAUAAAUGAAUCUUCAAGAGUGUGUUCCUGUGA